GUCACUUCCGGCCGGCGUCUCUGCGUCCGGGUGAGAGGGUAGUGCCCAGCUGGCGGAGCGGGGUUCUGUCUUCACGGGCCUUGCACUGCGGGAGCCUGUGGUUGAAGGGGUUGCUCGGUGCUUCCUGCGAACCCGCGCCACCUGCCCCUGCCGAAGCCCAGCGUGAGUCUGCCAGCGCGGUGUGGGGAUCUGCUGUUGCGGUGUGGGGAGGCGCCGGUGAGGAAGUCGAGGCCCGGUAAAAGGAUACAUGCUUACUUCAUAUAGAAAGGAGCAUGUUCCCAAAUUCCUCCACCUUGGGUCAUUCACCCUUCUCACCAAACCAUCAUCAACAGAAGAAUUUCUUCAAUAAGAUUCCUCUAAAUAUGCCAUCUGCUCUUCUCUCUCACCAGCAAAUUAUUAAUGCUCAGCUUAGUUUUCAGAAUGCAGUUCUUUCCAGGUCUCUUUUGAGUGGGAACCUUGCAACUGUGCCACCUGUUACACCACAGCCAAUGACUUACGGGAGUGGCAGUCGAGUGUGUACAUCUGAUGCCCCCACUUCAUCCCGAGGAAGAAAGAGACUAAGUGAUGAAAGUAUUCCACAAAAUGUUAAACGGCAGCGUUUGCAUUCACAUUAUUCUGAAACAACUGUAGUUAACCAAGCAGUGCCUUUACAAGAAAAACAUAGAUACUCCUUCCCAGAACCAGUUAAAUCACCACUGUUCUGUGCUCCUCCAUUACAAGAUAUUUUGCUCCCAGACCCCAGAGAAACCACCCUCCCUGUGGCCAAAGAUAAGUUAAGUCAGCAGAUUCUGGAGUGGUUUCAAGUAUGUCAGCAGCAGACCUGUGAUCUGAACAGAAAAGAACUCUGCAGAGCUGAACUCCAGAGAGAGAUUAAGAAAAUUUUUCCACGGAGCAGACUCUUUUUGGUAGGGUCCACACUGAAUGGUUUUGGCACUCAUAGCAGUGAUGGUGACUUGUGCCUGGUGCUUAAAGAAGAACCAGUUAAUCAGAGGACUGAAGCGAGGUACAUACUCAGCUUAAUCCACAAGCACUUCGCGACUAGACUUUCAAGCUACAUUGAGCGACCUCAGCUGAUUCGAGCAAAAGUGCCAAUAGUGAAGUUCAGGGAUAAAGUCAGCUGUAUGGAGUUUGACUUGAAUGUAAACAAUGUUGUAGGAAUAAGAAAUACAUUCCUUCUGAGAACCUAUUCAUGUAUUGAGAACCGAGUUCGUCCACUAGUAGUUAUUAUUAAGAAGUGGGCAAGUUUUCAUGAGAUAAAUGAUGCCAGUCGUGGUACUUUAAACAGCUAUAGUCUUGUACUGAUGGUUUUACACUAUUUACAGACUCUACCUGAACCCAUCCUUCCAUCCCUUCAAAAAAAUUACCCAGAAUCUUUUGAUCCUGCUAUGCAGUUGCAUCUUGUUCAUCGAACUCCACGUACCAUUCCUCCUUACAUCUCAAUGAAUGGAUCAAGUCUUGGAGAUCUGCUAAUAGGCUUCCUCAAAUAUUAUGCCACAGAAUUUGACUGGAGCCGACAGAUGAUUUCAGUUCGUGAGGCCAAAGCUGUGCCAAGACCUGACGGUACUGAAUGGAGAAGCAAAUUUAUUUGUAUAGAAGAGCCCUUUGAUAGGACAAACACUGCCAGAGCUGUACAUGAAAAACAGAAGUUUAACUUCAUUAGAAGUGAAUUUUUUCAGUCCUGGAAAUUAUUGCAAGACAAGAAAGACCUGAACUAUAUAUUACCUUUAGAAGCAGCCCUACAGAGAAGAUGACCAACUUCUUUCACUUUCUGCACAUUGGAUCCUGCUGAAAUAGAGAACAGUAUCAAAAUCAAGAGGCUGCUGCCCCAUGGUAACUUUUGUUAAAGAAACAUUUAUAAGAAAGAUUGCUUAUUUUAUUAUCAACUUUUGUUAAUACAGCUGUUCACUGAAAUGUGUUUUCUGUACAUGCUUGCGUUGUUUACUUCUAGAAGAAAUGCAGACAGCAAACCACAAGAACAAGUCCUGUUUAAGAAACGAAAUGAAAUAAAGACAUUGAAAGAUAAAUGAUGUGCAAGUCUGACCUUAACUCUAAGUUACUGUCCAUAGGACCCACUUCUUUGGAAUCGGACAGCCUGUGCAUUUGAUCUGCUUUAAUUGCAGUAAGCACUUCUGCUCAACUUGGCACUUUACAAUUUUAUUUCCCUUUUAAGUGGAACAGCAAGCAACAACUUAAGAAAAUUAAGAUGGAUUGUACCUGGUAGUGUUCUGAAUAUCAAGAACUGUACACUGGAAUUUUUAAGCUACAGUUCUGUUACAGAGAAGUUGAAAUGAAGCAGGACAAAUCAAUGUACAUAAAUACUUCACACAGAGCAGGCAAUAUACGUUUUGGUGCUUCCCGUAAAACAUUUGAAGUAGUAGUGACACCUGCUCUGGGGGAAAAGUCAAACAACAAGAAAAAAACUAACCCUACACUAACAAGCAAAUAAGCCUCAAACAAAACACACACACCCAUGCCACCAAAAAUCACACACAUCCUCCCUAGUCCCACACACACAAAUCUACCAAACAACCCAAACAAAACACCCCACAACCCUACCACUGCUGCAAUAAGCUGGGCUUUUGUUUAGAUUUUGUGUAAAUAUUUGUAAAUUGGUCAGCUACUGUGAAUUUAAAUGAAAUUAAUAAACUUUUAAAUUGUAGCUGUGAGAGAAAAAUAAAUUGACUCCUCUUUCAGACCUCCUAUAGCACAUUUUGUGCCUCCCGUGUACUUUGUGUUGAAGACCAAGCCAUUGUCACUGUACUUAACAUCCUUGUCAAAUUAAUAUGUUCUUUUAUUUUAAGUUUAAUACUUUGUAUGGUGUCCGGUGGAAUAAAGUUUAUAUAUGGAAGAUGCA